AUGAACCAAUCUGAGAAGGGGAUAGUGGUUUGCUCACAACCAGCGAGCGCACUUUCUACGACCGCAAGUGGCCUCAAGCUGCGGGUACAGAAUAUCGCCAAAUCUCUGCAGAACCAGACGGAUGCUCUGGGUGAGGACCGAACCCACCUGGACCGUAUGAAAUCUGCGGCCUGUUCACCUAGUCGUGGCUUAGUUAAAGAACUGGAUGCUGCACAAAAGUUCUUCCAAGCUGAACUGCAACAGAUAGAGCAGGAACUCAAAGCUAAAGUGGACGACCAGAAGAAAGUGAACGUCUCCUUGCAGCAAUGCCUUACUACAUUGAAAACUGAGAAGACUAUGCUGCAUCAACAGAUCAUGGCGAUGCAGCAUAAAGUGGAGGAGAUCGAGGAGGAGAUAGGUUUCGAGUAG